AUGACCUCCGAAAAUACGAAUUCCGAUGACACGCCGCAGAAUCCUCGUCGACCUCAGGCUCAGCUGUCACGCAGCAUCUUCGCAGUACCAGCCCCGAUAAAGCAGCUUUUCGACAAGUUUCCGCUCCUCACAUACCCAACGAACGAGCUCCCGCAACGCGCGCCCAGAAAUCGUAAUGCGCAUGUCCUAUAUGUUUUCGCAACCCAGGGAGAGGCUUUGGAGGGAGCGCCAUCUUAUAAUCCGGCCUGUUUGAAAUGGCAGGCUUACCUCAAGUUUUCCAAUAUCGACUUCCGGAUCGCUUGCUCAAAUAAUCAUGCCUCGCCGAGCGGAUCGCUUCCCUUCCUCCUGCCGUCCUCUCCCGAGUCUUCGAAACAGAUACAGCCGGUUCCGUCUGGCAAGCUGCAAAGGUGGAGCAUGAACAAUAGUCCCUCAGCUAUUGAGGAACCUGGAGACUUGCGAUACGAAGCAUAUCUUUCUUUGCUAGACCAUCGAAUACGGCGGGCUUGGCUCUACAGCAUCUACCUCUCUCACAACUCAACCUCGAUCGCCGAACCGCUCUACAUACUCCCUGCCUCCAGCAACCCAUUCGUCCGCCUGGCAAUCGCACACGAACUACACCGUGCAGCCGAAAAAGAGCUGCUGAAAUUCUCAGCAGUCAUAAACGCCGAAGUGCUGUACGCACAAGCGGAAGAAGCUUUUGCAGCGCUCGGGGCGGUUCUUGGAGAAGAUCGCUGGUUCUUCGGAGCUAGCAAACCUUGCCUAUUCGAUGCCAGUGUCUUCGCUUACACGCAUCUCCUCAUGGACGAUAACCUCGGGAACGGCUGGGUGGAUACGCGUUUACGCGACGCGAUGCUGUCGCGCCAGAAUUUAGUGGACCAUCGGAACCAGAUACUCAGCACAUACUUUCCUCGCACCACGUGA